UUGUUGACAUGAUUGUUGACAUGUGAAGGACAGGGAGGUGUUUAUAAACCUCGGUAUUUAACAGGACAGCAUAGAUAAUCAUGGCUUGCAGUUUAUCAAAUAGAUUGUCGUACAAGAAGCUUUUAUUAUUACAAAGAUCAAGAGUUAAAUUAUAUUCAGAAAGAUCAUUAUCCAGUGGAAAUCAAAACAUUAAACCUAUAGAAAAGAUAUUAAUAGCUAACAGAGGAGAGAUUGCCUGUAGAGUUAUACAGACUGCCAGGAAACUUGGUAUCAGGAGUGUGGCUGUAUACAGUGAUGCUGACAAAAACUCACUACAUGUCUCAUUGGCAGAUGAAGCCUAUCAUAUUGGACCACCUGCUGCAUCUCAGAGCUAUCUUUGUCAAGAUAAGAUAAUGAAUGUAGCUAAAUCAUCUGGUGCACAGGCUAUCCAUCCUGGAUAUGGAUUCCUGUCAGAGAAUACAGAGUUUGCAGAAAUGUGCAGUAAGGAAGGUGUUAUAUUUAUAGGACCACCAGCUACAGCAAUUAGAGACAUGGGUAUUAAAAGUACAUCAAAGCAUAUCAUGUCUGCUGCUGGUGUUCCUAUUAUAGAAGGUUACCAUGGUGAGGACCAAUCAGUUUCCAAGUUGAAACAGGAAGCAGCUAAGAUUGGUUAUCCUGUUAUGAUUAAAGCUGUCAGAGGUGGUGGUGGAAAGGGCAUGAGAAUAGCCAUGACGGAGGCAGAAUUUGAUGGUCAGCUUGAUUCGGCCAAAACGGAAGGAAUGAAAUCAUUUGGUGAUGAUGUUAUGUUGAUUGAAAAGUUUGUUGAAACACCAAGACAUGUAGAAGUACAAGUAUUUGGUGAUCACCAUGACAACUAUGUGUAUUUAUUUGAGAGAGACUGCAGUGUACAAAGACGGCACCAGAAAAUCAUUGAAGAAGCACCAGCUCCAGGACUGUCAGAAGAAGUAAGAAAGUCUCUAGGAGAAGCUGCUGUCAAGGCUGCUAAAGCAGUCAACUAUGUCGGUGCAGGUACCGUAGAAUUUAUCAUGGAUAAAAAUCAGAACUUUUAUUUCAUGGAGAUGAAUACCAGGUUACAAGUGGAACAUCCAGUCACAGAAAUGGUGACUGGUACUGAUCUUGUGGAAUGGCAAAUAAAGGUUGCCAGUGGUGAACGUCUACCUCAAUCUCAGGAAGAGCUAAAGUUAACAGGCCAUGCUUUUGAAGCUCGUAUUUAUGCAGAGGACCCAAAUAAUGCAUUUAUGCCAGGUGCAGGUCCACUUCAUCAUCUUACAACUCCUGAGGCUAGUCAGAAUGUCAGAAUUGAUACUGGCGUUAGACAAGGUGAUGAAGUUUCAGUCCAUUAUGAUCCUAUGAUAGCUAAACUUAUAGUUUGGUCACCAGACAGAUCAACAGCUCUUAGGAGUGUUAGAAAUGCACUGAAAGACUAUCAUGUAAUAGGAUUAAAUACAAAUAUACAGUUUUUAAUGGAUUUAUCAAAACAUUCACAAUUUGAGGCAGGAAAUGUUCACACAGAUUUUAUUACUCAGCAUUCAGAGGAACUGUUUCCCAACAGAGUACUGUCGUCUGCUAGUAUAUGUCAGGCUGCUGUUGCUCUAGUACUGAAAGACAGAGAGACAGCUAAACUUACCUACCAAAAUACUCUAGAUCCUUUUUCACCAUUUCUGUUAUGUGCAUCAGCCAGAAUAAAUAAUCAAGCUAAACGUAGGAUACAGUUAAAAGAUGGAGAAACUGAUGUUAAUGUUAUUGUCCAGUGUAAUUCAGAUAACUCAUUUGAUGUAACUAUUGGCAAUCAGGAACACCAUGUGACUGCAGACCUGACCAAUGAUGGUAGUCGUACUUCCAUUAGGUGUAAUAUUGAUGGUGUUAUAUCCUCCUCAAACAUAGUCAUACAGAAAGAUGCUCUUCAUAUAUUUACAACUGAUGGCAAACAUGAGUUAACUUUCCCAAUGCCAAAAUACAUGAAAGCUAGUAAAGGGACAGCUGGCGCUGAUGAUGCAGUUGCACCAAUGCCAGGGGUCAUUGAAAAGGUCACAGUUCAGCCUGGAGCUGAGGUCCAACAAGGGGAUCCACUUGUUACAAUGAUUGCUAUGAAAAUGGAGUAUGUGAUCAGAGCACCUAAGGCAGGCAUUAUAGAGAAAGUAUUUUACAAAGUUGGGGAUACAGUAUCUAAAGGAACAGCACUGGUUCACUUUAAGGAGGAUAAAACCAGUAGUGAGCCUGACAAUGGCAGUGAUUAGAGCUAAGGAUACCAGAUGAACUAGUGCUAAAAUCUGUACAUUAUACAAAUGUGAUAUUUAUUAAAAAA